AGUGUUUUAAUGUACAGCACUUUGUAUCAGCUGUGGUUGUUUUAAAGUGCUUUUUAAAUAAAGUUGGUAUUGUAUGGUAUUUGAGAGACUUCAAGCCUUCUUCAUCACUGGGAUGAUACAAAUGCAAAGUCAUUGUGUUUCGUUUUAAAAACCUUUAAUGUCAAGAUACUGCCAAACAAUCCACAUCACUAUCUAAACCAAUCUUCUGACUAAUUUGAAAUCAAAUGAACAAAUUACACCCUUUUUAAGAAAACAACCAUACGAACAAGAUUAAUAAUUAAAAUUAAUUUUAACCUUCUGUGUUUGUUUAACUUUCUAGUAACUGUGUAUUUUACAUUAUACAUAUUAUUAUCAAAUUAAAUUAAAAAACACUGAGCUUGGAGUCUUAGUUCACUAGCCAACACGUCAGUGAAGUGAUUAAAACACAGGGAAACCAGCAGGAGAGAAGUGGCAGCUGUUUUUGCUUCUUGGCAGCGUUGGCAACGGCUACAAAGAAAGGCGUGCCAUCCACCAGACAGAGAUAUCUUCAUUUACAAGCUGCAGGUCCGACAUGAAGUGCUCUGCUCUACUUGUCUUCAUUCUCGACUCCUAUUUUGUCUUCUCUCAAAAUCCCCAUGAAAUAACCUAUUUUGUGGGCUGCUUUGAUGAUGGCAGCACCGACAUACAGUCUGAGUUUGAUGGUGAUCAGAUUUUAUACAUUGAUUUCCCAAAGAAGGAGGUUGUGUUCACUGUGCCGCCCGUUAUAUCUCCUGAUCCACAACAACUUUUGGGUGGAUUUCAUAUCCUAAAAGAUGCUCUGGAUAAUCAAAAAAUGUGUCCACCUAUAGGGGAAUUGGUUGAACAUGAAAUGAAACCCGUGUCUGAAGAAAAAGACCCUCCAGACAGCAUGAUCUUCCCCUCUAGAGAGGUAGAACCUGGUGUAGAAAACAGCCUCAUCUGCUUUGUCAAUAAUUUCUAUCCACCCUCCAUCAAAGUCAGCUGGACUAAAAAUGGCAUCCUGGUUAGGAGGGGAGUGUCUGUCGGUGACUACUCUCCUAAUAACGAUCAAACCUUCCGCCAGUUCUCAACUUUGACCUUCACACAGAGUGAGGGGGACAUUUACUCCUGCACCGUGGAGCAUCCCGCCCUGGAGACGCCAAAGACAAGAAUCUGGGAAGUUGAAUUUUACAACACAGAUCCAAGUCUUGGUCCAGCCAUUUACUGUGGAGUGGGUUUGAGUCUGGGAGUGAUGGGGAUCACUGUGGGAGUGUUUUUUAUUGUCAAGGCACAACAAGCGAACUGAUUUAUCUGAUGUUAAAGAUGAUUAAUAUGGAAGGUGGAGUAAAAAAAUGCAUAUAUUCAUAUAACAACUUGAAUAAAAAAAAAUCACACUGCACAAUUUAUCACCUUUAAACUAUGUAGCAUUUCUCUUGAACUUGCUUUAUCAGACGUAAAGCCUGCAUAUUUGUAAGUAUUUUAGUGGUUAUUCAUCUGUUAAAUCAGUUAUUCAAGUUUUUUGCCAUGGAGGACAAAAUUAUAGUUGACUAGAACCACUCACAGGUCACGUUAUAUUUUUAUAAUUUUUACAGUUUUUUACAGUUGCUUAAUUGCAUUUCUCAGAAUUGUUGUUCAAUCUUCAAAUUGUUGUGUAACUUCUGCACAUCAAGAAAGCAGUUUCUGGUUCCUUUGGGCAAGUUGCAAAGGUAUUUGGAUAUCCAGGCAAGUGAUUAAGUACAAUUUUCUGCUUUUUCCUACAUUUUUAAUUGCCUUUGUCAUGUUGAUCAAAAUGUAUUAUAUGGGUCUCUGUUGAGUGUCUCAACCUACACAACAUUUAAGCAAAGGUUUGUAGGAGAGGUCUUUACAUGCAAAAUGCUUGAACAAGAUGUGAAAAUAUGUCAAGCGUAUUUUUAGUUCCAUUAUGGAUUUUUUUUUUUUUUUUUUACUGAACUUAUAAAUUGCUCCCAGAUGCUUAAAUGUGUUAAACAUUAGAUCAACCAAUAAUAAACUAGUUUUCUGAAACAACUCAAAGUUACCAUGAAUCAUCACAUUCCGGAAAUGCACUGAGAAAAACCGAAAACAAAAAACUGGUAGCGUUGUGAUUUUUUUAAAUUGUUUUACAUGCUCAAAAAUAAACUGAACAUGCAAAAAAAAAAUAAUUAUUGAGUUGUCUGACUUUUAUUGCUCAUGGUAGAUCUAAAACUUAGAGAAGGGUUUUGUACACAAAGCAACUUCAGAGUUUUGCUCUUAAUCAUUUAAGCAAUUUUAUUCCAGAGUGUGGAUACCAGAUUUCUCAUAUGUAUGUUAAUACCUGCUGAUAUUUAGCUUUAAAACAAAAAAGGAAAGGAAAGGAAAGGCCAUAAUCUUGAUCAACAGAAUAUGUUUUAGUUUGUUCUUAAUAAAAAGAGCAGUGGAAUGGUGUAUUGGUCAAUGUCUUUAGAUUUAGGUUUAAUUUAUUCCUUUUGAGAAAUUUUAAGCCGUCUUCAUAUUGUGAGAUAGGUCAUGUUCUUGAUUUUA